UCAAGAAUGAUGAACUUUUUGCAGGACAACGACAAAAAAAACAUCCUAGCUGUUCAAUCACUGAGGAACACAAUCAUGGGUGCGACCCUAAUGGCCACAACCUCUAUUCUGCUAUGCUCGGGCUUAGCAGCAAUCAUAAGCAGCACCUACAGUGUGAAAAAGCCACUUGAGGACACAGUUUAUGGGGGUCAUGGAGAGUUCAUGGUAUCACUCAAAUAUGUCACUUUGCUCUCCAUUUUCCUCUUCUCAUUCUUCUGCCACUCCUUGUCCAUAAGGUUCAUCAACCAAGUCAACAUCCUUAUCAACACCCCACAGGACCCCUUGUCCUUGGUCAGCCCUGAAUAUGUUCAUCAGAUCUUGGAGAAAGGCUUCCUUCUUAACACUGUUGGAAACAGACUCUUCUACGCUGCUCUUCCUCUUCUGCUUUGGAUCUUUGGUCCUGUCUUGGUCUUCUUGUGCUCUCUCACUAUGGUUCCUGUGCUUUACAAUCUUGACUUUGUCGUUACUGCCAAGGAUAAGUUGCACGUAAAUCAAAAUACACAUUUUGUAUGACCUAAUCUAAUGUAAAAAUCAUCACUGAUCAGUUAAGUCAGAUUUCAACUUUGUCUUUAUAUUAUAAUGUAAGAGUUCGAGAUGGUAUCAGAAAGGAUCUUACUGUGUUCAAUAACCUGGGUUUAGAAAAUG